CCAGUGAUCAGAAGGUGAUGCAGUGUUUCUAAUCCCUUUGGAUGUACAUUCCAUAGAGGGAUUGUUAGAUUGCAGAAAUACUUUUUAACACACACCCCCGAGCUAAAGAAAUUCUUGGCUUCUUAUCAGACACUAACCCUGGGGAUGGCCUGGGAUUCACCCCUAGGCCCCAUCUACAGGCCCAAUGGGAAUGGGAUGCAACCCUAUUGACACAAGCCUUCUGGGCACGCUGAAAGAUCCCGCUCAUAGUGGGCUGUCCCAAGGCACUGGCCCCAUGUUUGCCUGCUUGCUGCAAGCAUGAGUGAACACACACACACACACAUACACACACACACACACACACACACACACACGAGGCAGGCACACUGCAGACACAGACGUGACCACACCAGCCCCACCAAUUCGCACACAAUCAUCCCUCUGGGCCCACAUUCCUAGACAAACCACCUGCCCCUGCCAAGCCUGCUGAGAAGACACUUGGCUACCAGGACUUCCAAGUAACUUUACCUGCACCUGCCUCUCCUAUCUGGAGCUUCUGGCCUCUUGAGGCCAAACCCUAGACUCAGGCUGUGACCUGAGAGCCUUGCUACCUCCAGCACUCAGGACAGAGCCUGGCCCUGCCACUCUGCUCUCUAGGAUGGAAAAGGCUACCCAGCCAAGGGCAGUGGCCCCUGCUCCCUGACCCUCCCGAGGGGGAUGCCAUGGCCAUGCUGAGCUGGCUGUCUGCAGAUCCUUCCCGUACUCUUCUGGCCUUACCCUGACCCUUGCCUUGAGCUCACAGGGCAGUGGCAGCUCAGAGUGGCUGCCUGGAGCAAGGGGAGGGACACAAGAGGACUUUUACAGCCAGGAGCAAAGUCCUCCUUACACAAGUAGAGCUGCGUGAGCAGGAGUUGGUCCUCUGCUGUCCCAGCCCCGCACACAACACCACCCCAGACAUGCAGGGAGCCCAGGCGCUUCUGCUGCUGCUGCUGCUGGCCCUGAUGCUACGGCCGACCCACGGCAUCAUCCCAGUGGACGAGGAGAACCCGGCCUUCUGGAACCAAAAAGCAAACGAGGCCCUGACGGCUGCUAAGAAGCUGCAGCCCAUUCAGACGGCAGCCAAGAACCUCAUCCUCUUCCUGGGGGACGGGAUGGGGGUGCCCACGGUGACCGCCACCAGGAUCCUGAAGGGGCAGAUGCAGGGCCAGCCUGGGCCAGAGACUCCACUGGCCAUGGAUCAGUUCCCGUACCUGGCGCUGUCCAAGACGUACAACGUGGACAGACAGGUGCCAGAUAGUGCGGGCACAGCCACGGCCUACCUGUGCGGGGUCAAAGGCAACUACCAGACCAUCGGCCUGAGCGCGGCUGCCCGUGCCAAGCAGUGCAACACAACUCAGGGCAACGAGGUCCUCUCCGUGAUGCACCGGGCCAAGAAAGCAGGGAAGUCUGUGGGAAUUGUGACCACCACCAGGGCCCAGCACGCCUCACCGGCCGGCACCUACGCACACACUGUGAACCGCAACUGGUACUCGGACGCUGACAUGCCCGCCUCAGCGCGCCAGGAGGGCUGCCGGGACAUCGCCACGCAGCUCGUCUUCAACGUGGACAUUGACGUGAUCCUGGGCGGGGGCCGGAAAUACAUGUUCCCCAGCGGGACCCCAGACCCUGAGUACCCAGAUGAUGCGAACUCAACGGGAGUCAGGCUGGACGGGAAGAACCUGGUGCAGGAGUGGCUGUUGAAACACCAGGGCUCUCGGUACGUGUGGAACCGCGCAGAGCUCCUGCAGGCGUCCCGGGACCCCUCGGUAACAUAUCUCAUGGGCCUCUUUGAGCCCGUGGACAUGAAAUACGAGAUCUACCGAGACCCUGAGCUGGACCCCUCCCUGGCGGAGAUGACAGAGGCAGCCGUGCGCGUGCUGAGCAGGAACCCCGACGGCUUCUACCUCUUCGUGGAGGGGGGCCGCAUCGACCACGGCCACCAUGAGGGCAGUGCUUAUCUUGCCCUGACUGAUGCGGUUGCGUUCGACUCUGCCAUCGACAAGGCGGGCCAGUUCACCCGCGAGCAGGACACCCUGACCCUCGUCACUGCGGACCACUCCCACGUCUUCACGUUUGGGGGCUACACCCUGCGGGGGACCUCCAUCUUCGGGCUGGCCCCCUCAUUGGCCUCAGACUUAAAAAACUACACCUCCAUCCUGUAUGGAAACGGUCCCGGCUACCCAGCCACCUCCCCCAGGCCGAAUGUCAGCGACAGUGAGAUCGGUGACCCCAAGUACCGGCAGCAGGCGGCCGUGCCCUUGUCCUCUGAGACCCACGGCGGUGAGGACGUGGCAGUGUUCGCGCGUGGCCCGCAGGCGCACCUCAUGCACGGCGUGCAGGAGCAGAGCUAUGUUGCGCACCUCAUGGCCUUCGCCGGCUGCCUGGAGCCCUACACCACCUGCGGCCUGCCGCCGCCCGCCUGGACCUCCUCGCGUGCUGGCCGGGACGCUGCACUGCCUUCGGUGCCGCUGUUGGCCGGGACCCUGUUGCUCCUGCUGGGGCUGAUUCCUGGGCCCUGACUGAUUUCUGGCCAGCUCCCCUGGAGGGCUCCCCACACCCUCACCACCCCGGUCCAGACGGCGCCAAGCUGAACUGCAACCCACACCUCGUGUGCUCAGACCUCUGUCACAGGCACCCCACUUCUCGCAGACCCCUCCUCCUGCGUGGGCCCUGACCUGGCCUCAGAGCAGCUUGUCCUCCUCACCCCGGGCUGUGCCUCCAUGGGAGCUCACCCCCCAUACUCAUCCAAUGGCCACACUGCACCGUGUCCAGGACAGCUCCGGGACUGCGCCUUCAGACAGUGCCAGCACCCCAGGAGAGGGUUUAGACCGGUCACCCUGCACUCACCUGCAGCAUGGGACCAGUGGGCAUUGGCCCAGGGGGUUCCCACUAGGCUGGCCUUGACUCUGACUCACCUUGGUGAGCUGGCACCAGACAGAUUAAGAACCAGGAUUCCUUGCUCUGCUGGGCCGCCAUUCUCCUGGAGACAAAACAAUAAUAAAAAGAACCGUGAG